AACAUCACUUAGAAUUGCAAACAAUUCAUGCUUUGCCAUCUUUUUCUUCCAUUUUCCUGAUCUUUCCAUAGACAAUGUCUCCACUCUUGAUCAAAUAUCUCUCUCUAUCUUUUUCAUCUUUGGCUUUUGAAUUUCAAACCUUAAUUUUAACUUCUACAAACAUUCUGCAGUCCUAUUUUUUAUCCUACUCUACAGAGUACAGACUACAGUCUACGCUUUCCUGUAUCAUUUUCUUUCCCAAUUAAAAAAAAAAAAAUAAAACAAAAGAAUUUUCAGAAAACAAUGGCAGCUUUAUGUGGUGUAUUUAUUUGUUGGCCCCAUGAGUAAUGAGUUGAGCUAUAAUUAUUGAGGUUAAAUUGGUGAAAACAUAGAGAUGGGUAAAAGCGUAUUUUUGUUUCAAUCCUCUGCUUCACUCAUCAUGAUUCUUCCUCUUUUCUUCUCUUCAGCUUCAUGUACUGUAAUAUUGGAAGGAGUCAGAUCAGGUGAAGCAACUAUGCAAAAGGACAUCACAACGCCUCUAACAACAGUACCAACCAUUAAUUUCACAUCCUCAUCAACAUUUCCAGUGUUGAAUCCAAACUCUUUACCUGAAGAUCCGCCAAAGUGGGCUACCCCAACCACAUCUUCACCUGUGAACUCAGGUGCAAGCUGGUGUGUUGCCACCCAAACUGCUGCUCGGUUACCAUUGCAGAUGGCUUUAGACUAUGCGUGUGGCCACGGCGGUGCUGAUUGUAAAGAAAUUCAACCUGGUGGGAGUUGUUUCUACCCAAAUACUCUCCAUGAUCACGCUUCUUAUGCCUUCAACACUUAUUACCAGAACAACCCUCUUCCAAAUAGCUGUAAUUUUGCUGGAACUGCUCUUCUCACCAGCACUAAUCCAAGUACGGAAACUUGCCAGUAUCCCUCAACAAGCACGAGUUCAUCUGUGCUAGAUACAGCAAAUCAAAAUGUUUCAACAGUUUUCGGGAUGGGACCACCUGGACCGUCUAGUUUGGCAACAAUUACACUGGAUAACAAAGUUGCAUAUCUUACAAGAUCAGUGUGUUUUAUAAUACUCCUGCUAAGAUAUGGUCAUUAGUCAGCACUAAACGCAAACAAAUAGCUACAAAAGUUCAGUUACUUAUGCAUGGAUGGAGAUAUGAUGUGUAGGAUAUAUUUUGGAUGUAGGCUUUCUACUAUUAGUGUCAAUCCCAGAGUAGAGGCAGCUUAAUCAUGUAAGUCAGGUUUUCGAUUUUAUUGCAUCAUAUUUAGGAUGUGGUUUAUUGUAUGUAAUUUAUGUAGAGCAACUUUUCAUCUAAGUUUAACAAGGAAACUUUUAAACCAA